CCGACCGUUCAGGCGAGCUUCACUGGGCGUCUUUUGCAAACCUGCUGAGAGGAGAGAGUUGUGUUAGUGUAUCGCAUGGUGUGAGUACACUGCUCCGAUGUUUGGCUUCGGAAAUUAUCUAACAACCACAAUGUCGCUGAAUGUUUGCAUAUAUACUAGUGUUCUCACAUCGAAGCAUCCAUUGUACUUAAUCGGUUGAUGUUAAUCGUUUACGAUAACUAAACGUUUUUGUGCGAAGAUAUAACAAUUUGAAGCAAGUUUUAUUUUGAUGCGGCGAGUUAGUAUCCGCAGUUUAAGCGACUAGUUUUCCAAAACACAACUUGUCAGCUGAAAGGAUACAUAUUCAGACCUUUGCUUUCUGUCUUAAUCUCUUGGACUUUUGGUUUCUGCAUUUAGAGAAAAUGUAUUGGACAGAUGUAGUAGAUGUAUUUGACUGUGACUAUUCUGCCGAUGUUAACUAUCGAUCUGCCGUAGUCUAGUGCUUCAGAUUUUCUCCGCGCAACCUUUUAACUUCUAACAAGUAGUUAGGCUUAACAUGUUUAUAAAACUAGUUCUCCUGUAUUACUAGUUAGCACAACCAAAUCAACUUGUGCUGAGUGAUCUCCUGUUUAUUAACAAUAUUAAUUAUAAAUACUAGCUAUUCUUACACGAAUUCAUGGUACUGCAAUCUCCAAAUCGCUGAGAUUGGACAAUUUUUAAUCCUUUCACUUAAUAUGUAUCCUUCCUGUUUCUAAUUUACUUUUGAACUGUGCAUCAUAAACUGGAUUGUGGAUCAAAAGAAAACAUUUUGAAAUCAAGUUAACAUGAAAGAAAAAAUCAUGUAUUUGUCGCUGUGGAUGCUAGUUCUGCUUUGCCUUUCUGUGGCAACUAUAGAAUCUCAUGAUGAAAGCCAUCCUCUUUGUUUUUAUCUGAAAACUCCUAUAAUUAAACAAAUUAAUGUAACAGUUGGAAGCUUGCUAGAUGGUAAUACCACAGAAAGAUGUUCAAAGCCUACAGAUUCAUGCUACAUAUUAUGGCAGGAAGAUCCCAAAAAUAAAAGCAUAACAAUUAUAAGCCAAGGUUGUUGGAAUGAUGCAAACCAGAAAUGCCAACAAAGUGAAUGUAUUCCUAGUAGAUCAACAAAAGCUUUAGAUAACACUCAUUUUUGCUGCUGUGAAGGGAAUUUCUGUAACACUAAUAUUACUGAUGCCAAAGUUGCUCCAGAAUAUGCUGCAGAUGAUCCUGCUCAGCAGUUUCUUGGACAGAUGCCUCCUUACAUGCCCUACAUCAUUGUACUUGUUGUUAUUGUGGGAGUUGCAGUUUUUGUUGCAUUAGUUUAUUUCAUUUACCGAAACCAUUGCACAGUACCAAAAAGAAGUAAUGAAUCACUUCACUUGAUGGAAGCUCCACCACCUUCUGCUGCAGAAAUUGAUCUUGAUACUUUGAAACUUCAAGAAGUUGUUGCUAGGGGACGUUAUGGAGCUGUAUACCGGGGUAAUGCAGGGGAUCAAAUAUUAGCAGUGAAAAAAUAUGGCUUUCAUGACCAACAACAUUUUUUCAAUGAAAGAGCCAUAUAUACCCUCCCCCACAUGGUUCACGACAACUUACCAAGAUUCUAUGGCACCAAAGAAAUAAUGGGUGAGAAUGGAAGACCUGAGUACAUGCUUGUUCUAUCAUUUGCUCCAGCUGGAUGUUUGCAGGAUUAUUUGCGUGAUAACACAGUGGACUGGAGUUCUCUUUGCAAAAUUAUCUUGUCUGUGUCACGUGGCUUAGCAUAUUUGCAUUCUGAGUUCAAGAAAGGAGAUAAAUGCAAACCUUGCAUUGUUCAUCGGGACGUGUCAUCUCGCAAUGUUCUUAUGAAAGAUGAUGGGCAAUGUAUGUUGUGUGACUUUGGAUUUGCAAUUCAGAUAUCAGGUUCCACAUAUGUUUUAAAUGGUGAAGAAGUAAAAGCAGAAGAAACAUCAUUAGCUGAGGUUGGAACAUUAAGAUACAUGGCUCCAGAGAUACUAGAAGGUGCUGUAAAUCUUCGAGAUUGUGAAUCUUCAUUAAAGCAAACUGAUGUCUAUGCAUUAGGUUUGAUAAUGUGGGAAGUUUCUAGUCGUUGUGCUGAUUUAUACCAAGGUUUGGAUGUUCCACCCUAUAGACAACCAUAUGAAGCUGAGAUUGGCAUUGAACCUACCAUGGAACAAAUGCAAACACUUGUUGUCAAACACAAAUCUCGACCUCUUUUCCCAGAUAUUUGGAAAACUUCUAAUCCAGCUGUUCGAUCUUUAAAAGAAACGAUUGAGGAUUGUUGGGAUCAAGAUGCUGAGGCUCGACUCACUACUCUAUGUGUGGAAGAACGAAUCUUAGAAUUACCAGUUCUGUGGGAAAGAGAUAAAGCUGGACUCAAUGUUUCUACUGGUAUAAGUCCAGUCUCUAAUUUGUGCAAGUCCAAUUACCACAACAAAUCGAGCAUUGAUAGCGAUUUUGGUUCUGACAACUUGGAUGAUCGUCUGAUUACUCCGAGAGACAGAGUUAAUAGUCUUUCUGAAUGCACUACUGAAACUUUACUUUCUCCUUCUGAUGCUGUCAGCCAAACUAAUGAUAAAAACAAGUUACUGAGUAAUGAAUCAGCUAAUUUAAAAGUGACUUAUCCUUUGCAGCCUCAUCAGGGUCGUAAUCCGUGCCUUGCUCGGAAUCUGAUGCAGGAUCUACCUCGAGAAACUCCAGUCAUUGGCAAUGGCCUAAUUGAUUAUUCUUCCAAAUAUUCUUGUAAUAAGAAGAUUUCCUUUUCUGAUGGCGAUGCUAACAUUUUCAGCAUGCCUCCUGGUUUGGAGAGCAAUCUUAUUGCGAAUGAAUUCACUAACCAUUCCAACAGGGUAUGCAACCCUAUUCCAUUUGUCCAGAAUCCUAUGAACUUCACUAGUACCAUUCCUAAGCAAACCAAUUUGGUAGGCAACAAGCAAACUCAAGAAUUGUUGCUGAAAAAUGAAAAACGGUGGAAUCCUUUGAACAUUUUUGACAAGAAAUCUGCAAAGAGCAGUAUCAGGGCCAGCUUGAGAAUGCUUCUUGAUCGCAAGACUUCUAUCAGCAAUGGUAAUAUACCUGAGGAACAACAACCCCUGAAAACUUCAGGUAUCACUUCGCCCAUUUCACCUAGUGAGUCUGGUGACAAACAAGGACAGAUUAACCCCAAUGCUUUCUGGGCAUCACCUGAGAUAAAGGAAGGAGAGCAUGAUAGUUAUGGCACUCUGUGUACCAGCAAUUUAUCUGCUAGUGAUGGAAAUACUGUUAUGAAGUCAUAUGACCAUCAUUUACUUAAAGGUCAUGCCUUUCCUGUAAAUGAGGAAAGAUCGUUACCAGCUUUUAUGCCGAAUCAGGACAAUACACUUGGAGAAAAAACAAAACGUCCCACAACACUCCCAGUGCGCUCCCAUAAUGAUAAACAAGAUAUUGACCCAGACAUACUUGAUAUGUCUGAUUGUGAUAUUACAAAUGAAUUUGUCAAUGAUUCAGCACCUGUGCCAGAUAAUAAUGAAACCAAGCCUGCCUUGGUGCGUCGCAAGGGUAGCGGUGGUAAGAAAAAGGGUGUGAAGCGUGUAAAGACUCCUUUUGAGAUCAAAUGUAGAUUUUCUUUGUAUGAUGACAGAAUCAUGUCAUCUCAGGAACUCCCAUCAACUUGUGUAUCAAAAGAUUCGCAAGCACAGCUCGACAAAGCUAAAUUUUCUGCUUCCGUUCCUCUGAACAUGAACACACUAUGUUUGUCUCCUGCUACUACUACUGAGCAUACUGUCAUACAGAUAGAACCUCAAGCUAAAGAGAAGCAGAGAGUGAAUGGGUUGGUUUUGCCAGUAAACCAUGCUGGUCAUCAAAAUGUAGUGUCUCUGUGUGACAUUUAAUAUGCAAGUGAUACUCUUUAAAGUUUCUUUUACUAGUUCCAUCAUUUUUUUUAAUUAUUGCCUGUAUAUGUUAGUUACUUGUUUCAUGAUCUCCUUCUCAUGUGGGGAAUCAAUAUCUUCAGCUUGCCACCUAGCAUGGAGAAUAUUUUGAUCUUCAGCUUAUCCACUUACCAUUCCAAUAUGGUGGACACUGUACACUUUUGUAUAUUUUCAAAAAAGGCAUUCAUGGUAAUCUACAAUUGUUAUCAAUUUACCUAUAAUCCUUCACUAUAAUACAGAUUCCUUCCUCCAUUAUUUCAUAACCAUAUAAGUCUGUUCCUCCUCCAUAUAAAUUAAUCACACAUUUACUGCAUUUUUUUUUAAUUCUAAUUAUUUGUUAGCAAAUUAUUUCAAUAAUUUUUAUUCUCAUCAUUAAACAUUAUCUCAAUAUCAGGUACUUCACAGACAUUCCUGGGACUUGCAAGACCUGUACAGUAUCAUUAUAAAUUCUCCAUUCAGAAGUUCCUGUUUCAUUCUGGGAACAAUGCUUUUAUUUGGCCAUUUGAAACUGAAUAGUUUUUGUUUCAUGUCUAGAAUUCUUCCCUGAAGUGUAGAUAAAAUUUUCUGUUUUUUUAUUUUAUUUUGGUUACUUUUAAAUGCUUGGUUUAUAGUGUUGCUUAAUACUCUUAGGAUAGAUUGUCAGUGGUGUAGCCAAAAUGCAACAUUGUUAACUUUUGCUUUCAUGCAGUCGUAUCUUUCAAAUGAUCAGUCAUCAAUGUAUGUGCGUCGAAUAUAUUGGUUUUUAGACCGAAAACUUUUUAUAGUAAUUCAUCUCCAUUAAAUAUCAUUGCAAACUUACAAAAGAAAUAAGUCAUAAAAAAUUCUAAAAUUUGCAUGAUUUUAUUAAUUUUGUUAUUGUAUAUUUGGCCUGUUGUCAGCUGUGAAGUGGUAAUUGUUCUAUUAGAAUUGAACUUUUAAAAUAUUUAAAAAUUAAUUAUUUCUUGUCCCUUUUCUAGUUUCUCAUGUACAAAAUUCAUAUUGUAUAUAAGUAAUUAAGCAUGUUAAUAAUAAAUAUCUAAAUUUUUAAACAUUAUCAAUUAAUUUUGAUUAUUUAACAAAUUAAUGUUAUGUAUAAACUUAAAAAUACCGUAUUAGUAAAAAAAAAUUAUAGUCAAUCUAAUCUAUAUUGUCUGUCUAUAUAAAUUUAAUUUUUAUUAUUAAGAUCAUAAUAUUGUAUCAUCUAUAAACAGGAAUUAUUGAAGUUUAAUUUUCAUUCUUAUAAUAUUAAAUUUAUAAAAUUCAUCAUUUGAUUUAAACAUCUGUAUUGCAUUGGCUAUGCUGCUGAAAAUUCUUUUAGUUCAAUCAUACUAUUGUGCACCUCUAACAGUAUAAAUAGGAUUUUACCCUCUCAAAAUGUUUAAAAAUGAAGUAUUGACUAAGACAGUUAAUACUUGGUAUGGUGCUAUACUUUCCACAAUUGGAGAAAAUUUAGUAUAGUUUUAGGCUUGUAUUGCGUAGUUUUGGGAUUUUUUUUUCAAACAUUUUUCAUAAAAAUUAUAUGUGCCAAGAUUGUAAUAACUCAUCAAUGAAAAUUUCAGUAAUCUUCAACUGGAAUUUAGAAUUAUUCAUUGCUUUUUACUUGUAAGAAAAGCUGUUUGUGAUUGUAGUAAUUGGCUCGGAUUUUUGGUGCUACAAAACAUUUUGUGUAAUUUCUGGAGUUUCGAUAGUCUGAAUAUAAUCAGAUCUUUGCUACUAUUUGAAAAGUAGUAGCAGUGUAAGUCUUAAUAUGAUUCAGUGUAUAUCAACUAAAAAAAAUGUACCAUCUCUUUUGAAGAUCAUCUUAAUUUUAGAUUGUAUCAUUACCUAAAAUUUCUUGAAUUAUGAGAUUUUUCAACUGUUUAAUACUAGAUUUUUGCCUGUAUGGAAAUGUGCUCCUUGCAACAAUAUAAUUUAGAGAUUUUGAUCACUCCCUCAAGUCAUCAAUAAACUGAAAAGAUGCUAUUAAUUUUGUUUGUUAUUUUUAUGGAGUAAUUAACUACACUUUUUUUUUUUUUUUUUGUCAUUAAAAAUAUAUGGAAGAAUGACGUUUUUAUAAAUAUCUAUGUGUUAUUGAGAUUUUACUUUAUGAAUAACUUUCAAAAAUGUAAAAAUUGUAUAAAUUUUUUUUUUUUUUAUUGUAUAGAGUGAUGUAGAUGUUUUUAUUUUACAUUUUGAAGCUUGUUCUAUUUAGUUUAAUCAUCAUUUCACAUUACUGUAUGAAAUUAGUUAUCUAUACAUGCAUGUAAAUAAAAUUAUAUAUUGUAGUUUAUCUAAAAUAUGUUUUUUUUUCUGAAUUUUUAAUUAUUCAAGUUUAUAAUCUAAAAUGUUGAUGGCCAUGUCUUGUGUUAGCUGUGGUUUAAUGAUAAUUACUAAAAAUCAAAUGAAAUUUUAUAACUUGGACUUUUUAUAAUUUCUGAACAAAAAAUUUUCUAGCAUUUUUCAUGUUAGAAGAUGUAAGAUUUUAGCUUGAUGUUGUAAAAUUUACCUCACUGAGAGUGAGAUAAACUAUUUUUGUUAUGGUUUUUCUAUUUAUAUGGAAAGAAAUUAGCGAUACUGGCAAAAUAAGACUCUCGCUGAUUGUUUCUUCCUUCUCUUUUAACCUUAAUGUUUUUCACAACUUGCAUCUAGAUGUUCAAAGAAUGUUCAGUGUUUGUAUAGUUCAUAUGUAGUUUCAUAGUGUUGUGAUAAAAUUCUUAAUUGUACAAAAAUGCUGCAUUUUUUCCCUCCAUGUUUGGUCACAGCUGAAUUUUUAAUUUUAAAAAAUCCAUUUCCUUAUCUUACUUUUUUAAAGAGAAAUCUUUAUAUGAAAUCAUCACAUGUGAAUAUUGCAUAAAACUUUUAUAUUUGUAGUUGCAAUAAAGAUGAAUAGUUUAAUCUAAGUAAAUUACAUUUGAGAAUAAAAAAAAAAAUAUUUACUGAGAAAUUCUGAGUUUUUGAAAAGCACAAGGACCUUUUUUUCCCAAUAGAGAAAAUAAUAUUGCUUUAAAUGUUUUCAAAUUAAUGAAGAAAUUCUCUUUUGUUAACAUUUUUGCAAUGUAAUUUGUUUUAAAGAUCAUAAUUGUAUUUUACAUUUAAAUUGACAACCUUUUUUUAUUUUUAUAUAUAUUUAAAAGAUAUAUUUAAUUAUUGAUGUGUAUACUCUAAUCUUCAAAAGUGCUAUUUUCAUUCAUUUUAUAUGGUAUAAGCAGUAAAAAUUUUAAAAUAAAAUUUCAUGUAUAAACUCCCUGUAAUCUAAUGUGAAACAUAAAAUAUGUACUUGUCAGAUUUGUCUUGAAUUAGAAAAAGAAUAGAAAAUUUUUUCUAAAUAAUAGUUAUGUAAUCCAUACAGACAUGACAGAUUUAUCUGGAUUUCAGCAUCUUUGAAAUUGAAAUUUAUCACUCUUGAGAUUAAUUUUCUUUUAUGUAAUAAUUCUAAAAUGUUUUUAAUACCUCAUACACUUGUUGCCUACAUUUAUUCAUUUUAUUGUUUUAACAACCAUACUUAUUUUAUUUAUUCCAAGUCAUGUCUGUCUAUAUUUAUCAAUUUUUUUUUUUUGAUUUAAAGCUUAAAAAAGAAUGCAUGAAGAACAAAUUUGGGAUAAGUAAUCAUAAUAAGUAAAAUUUGUCGUGAUUCUUGCAUGUAAUCUACUUAAAUCCCAUUGAAGUCAAUUUAGCUGUGACUAAAUUUAUUUUUGUAGUUUCUUGUUUUCUCUUACACAACCAUACUGUUAUAGUGAUAUUGUUCUUUUUUUUUUUUUUUUUUUUUAAAGUUAUCAUAGAUAGUUAAUCUCUUGAAACGGUUUCAUUGUCUUUUUACUCGUGUAUUAUUCAUCUGAAUGUUUUUCUCAUUCUUAUCUUGCAACCAAUCUAUAAUAAAACGCACAAUAUAAAUCAGUAUGAUGUUUUCAUGUUAGUUACUUGCCCGAUUUCACCAGCUUGAGAUAUUUAUAGUAGUACAAAUGAAUGCUCAUCUGGAUAUUUUCAUUUAUUAUGUAAAAAGUUACAAUAAUCUGUAGUGUUUGUGAAAGUAGCCCAUUGCUUGUUAUUUUCUUUUCUUUUCACUGUAUACAGUCAUUUGAACAAAAUGUUACCAUUACAGCUAAACCAUGUACUUGUUCACUAGAAUAAACUCAAUCUUAAUUUGA